AUGGAUUCACAUAAAGAUAUAAAUUUCAGUAUUUGGUUUUAUGACCAAGAUCUAAAAAGUUACAUCAGAAUUUUAAAUGACAAAGGGAAAGAAAUUCAAAUUGGAAAUAAUGAAACUAAAAAUUUUAAUGUUGCACUAAAUCAAGAUUUAAAUUUUAAAUUAUUUUCUAAACAAUAUUUGGGUUUAGAAGGUUCAAUCCGUAUUAAUAUCGACAAAGAUAAUGAAAUAAGUUGUACCAAUACAAUUGAUACUCCAAUCUCUAUGGAUUUUAUAUAUGACAAGACAAAUAAUAUUAUAAAAUUCAAUAUAACCAACAAAAGAAAGAAUUUAAAUAAAGUGGAAAAUAACUCAUUCUUCACUUUGGAAAAAUCAACAUUUGAAAGGAAUGUCUCUGAAAGGAGUUAUAAUUCUCUUAAAGUUGUCCAAAGAAAUUCAGCAAAGAAACCAAUUUUUGUUGACAUUGGUAAUACUCGACGUAUUACUAUUCCACCAAUUAGAAAGGUAAUUGAAAAAGAAGAAAUCGACUCAAAGGGAAAAAUAAUAAAAAAACCCACUGUAAUUUGUAAUUUCUCACCAUUAAGUUCUGUUAUAUAUGAUUUAACAACCUAUGACAAAAAUGGUAAUGAAUUAGGAAAAGGUUUUGUCACUAUAAUUUUAAACGUAAAAUCUACUUUUAGCUCCAAAAUAUUUGAAAUUGAAAAAUCAAAAAUGCCUUCAAAUUUAAAAAUUAAAUCAGUCCAUCACAACGGAAAAGGUACUGAAUUUAUUUUUAUUAAUGAACAUUCUUUGGUUGGGACUGCUGCUUCUUAA